UGAGCAACAAUUACAGGAACGCAGAGGGCGUUCGAUAACUCUUGAAAUAAAAGGUAAUAAUAAAAUCUUAACAAGUGCAUAUAAAGUAGUCUUCUUAAAGAAUUUCUAGCUUACUGAAUACAAGCUGUGCGACCUGCAACUAUAAUUAAAAAUGUCGAUGAAUAAGAAUGUAAAGCCGACAAGAAAGUUGAUAGCUAAGGAGCCUCAUGAGAUGACUCACACGGAAAAACUUCGACUUAUUGACGAUGAACUCAAUGCUUUUUACAAAUAUUGCCAGCAAGCCGGAUUCACAGAGGACGAAAUGGAUAUUAUUUGUCAGCCGCUGGUUGCGGCGAUGCGCCGCUCAUGGCUUCAACUCGUUUUUCAAGCAACCCUCGUUCUUAUCACUUUUGGUACCUUGAUUUGUCUUGUUGCUCAAUUAGAUUUUGUUGGCACUCAUUUUUCAGCUAUAGGACGAUUACUUAUGAUUAAAUUUCUACCUAUCUGGAACUGGCAACCACUUUAUUACGAAAAUUGCAUGAUGAAUAAUCCAUUUUACAAUGAUUAUGCUGUUACCGAAGAAGAUUGUGUUGCAUGUGAAGCACUGGAAAAUAUCGAUCGAUUAUCGGAUGUUCAAUAUCGCCAAUUAGUAGACAAUUAUCUAAAUCGAGAUGCUCCUGCUAUUAUUAUAGAUGCUAUGAAUUCUUGGACUGCCAUGAAUACCGAUUUUUUCUGGUUCGACAACAUUACUCAUUUAUAUCUAGAAAAUGAGCGAUUGAUGGAAACUGUCCCAUGUGCACUGACUUCAAACUUACGAACUGGUUCCUCGGAUCUUGCAGCUUUUUUACGCCGCGUGCACUCCCCAGGCGUAGCCAAAUGGUUCGUGCAUUGGCAAAAUUGCGACAUAAAUGCAGUGAAGGUGUUACGCAAAUAUUAUCAACGACCCUAUUUUUUGUCAAGUGCCGUUUCUCCAGCUCACUUCAACUGGGUACUCAUGUCUUCAGACUACAACAGCCCAAAUUAUAAGAGAGUGGAACUAGACUCAGGUCUCAUUGCGCUAGCUCAGCUAAGAGGUGCAACUCAACUUAGACUCACACCAAUUAAUCCAUGUAAUAUCUCCUGUCCAGAACUGAUAGCUGAUUUACAUCAGGGCGAAAUAUUGGUAUUCACAAAUCUUAUUUGGAACCUUGAAUAUGCUCCAGUGCGAGGACUUGACAAUAUAGCGAUACUUACAGAAACAGUGUGGGAAGAAGAUAUAUAAAGGACAUUACUUGAUAUAUUUUUAAAUUAACAUAUUUUAUGAAAAAUCUAAAUUAUCAUU